UUUCAACGAAUCGAUUACGAACCAGUUUAAUUUGCCGGUUUAAUACAAAAAAUUCCCAAGAUCUCUUGAAAUACACAGCAGUCAAAUGACCAAGCAGUAGAGGAAUAUAUUUUUAUCAAUUUUCAACUCGGUUGAGCAGAGUACAGGGAAUAUAUAUUUAUUUAUCUUCGAAGAGGUAGAACACAUUACAUGAUUACAGGAAUAUUAACUUGAUCUUCAACGCGGUUGAGCACACUACAGGAAUAUAUCCACAGUAGGAUAUUGCCAUGGCGAAGACGAGUGAGCGCUACGACCUGGUGGUGUACGGGGCGACGGGCUACACGGGCCAGUUCGUGGCGGAGGAAGUAGCCCGUGUGGCUCAGCUGGAGAAAGAGAAGCUGGGCUCCCAGACCGAGACUCUGACGUGGGCCGUCGCCGGCAGGAAUAAAGAUAAGCUCGUCAAGACCAUCGAAGACGCCCGCCGCGAGACCGGCCUGCCACUCGACGACGUCGGCAUCAUCGUGGCCGACGUGAGUGACGUCUCGUCGCUAGACAAGAUGACGUCGCAGGCACGGGUCGUCAUUAACUGCGUCGGCCCGUACGUCAAGUACGGCGAGCCCGUCGUCAGGAGCUGCGUCGAGCAGGGCGCCUGUCACGUCGACAUCUCGGGCGAGCCCGUGUUCCUAGAGGGCAUGCAGCUGCGCUAUGACGACCUGGCCAGGGAGAAGGGCGUGUACAUCGUGGGGGCGUGUGGCUACGACUCCAUCCCUGCUGAUGUGGGGGUGGCUUAUCUCGAUAAGCAGUUCCCAGGUGGGCUCAACUCAGUCGAGAUGUACACGAGAAGCACGGGGCCCACCGCCCCCGUGCACACGGGCACGCUGGAGUCCGCCGUGGGCGUGGUCACGGACAUGCGCGCGUCCUCGCAGCUGCAGCGGCAGCUCUUCCCUCAGAAGCUCCCCUCACCCACCUACCCUCUGCCCCACAGAGAGCCCCUGUUUGGACCGCUCCACGCAGGCGGCCUCAACUGCUGCGAGGCUUACAACUCUGUCCUCGGGCCUCUCGUGCCCAUACACACGACGACCCUCGAAUGCAACGCCAUCUCCCUCGCCCUCGCCGACCAACAUAAGGAACUCCUCGCGCAACUCUACCCUCAGAAUUUGCCCUCACCUCGGUUCCCCUUGUCUAAAAGGUACCCCAUCCACUACAACGAAGAACUCAAGUGCUACGGCAUCCCGUUCCCCUCGGACAUCCCGGUGGUGUAUCGGUCGCAGCGCUACCGCCACGACGUCCUGGGGCGCCGCCCCGUCCAGUUCCAGCAGUUCCUGGGCUGGGACAGCUUCUUCCAGGCCCUGGGCAUGGCUCUGGGUACUGGGUACUUCUACGCCGUGGGCAGCUUCAGCUGGACCAGGAGUCUUGUUCUGAAGGUGACCACGAGGGGCGUGUGUGUGAGUGCCCUCGUCACGACUACAGGGCAGCGAUGCAACGCAGUUUCAACAUAUUAUAGAUGUUCAAGCGUAUUAUUAUAUUAUACAUACUACAACAUANUGACGGGGGGCUUCUUCUCCCGCGCGGGGGCGGCUCGUGACGACCUCAAGAAGAUGGGCUUCACCACCACCCACAUCGGCAGGGGGUGGAGCUCCCCAUCAGCAGGGGAGCCUACAUCUCCACCAGACUCCACCAAAAUACUCAAGAUUGUGGGGCCGGACCCCGGGUACGCCGCCACGUCCCUCAUGAUGGUGGCGGCCGCCAUGACACUGCUGAGGGAGAGACCGCUGUGUCACGGACGUGGCGGCGUCUUCACGCCCGGCGUCGCGUUCGCCGACACGAAGAUCGUAGAGCGGAUGGUGGGGCGGGGGAUGACCUUCGAACUUAACGACGUGUGAGAACUUAACGACGUGUGAGAACUUAACGACGUGUGAGAACUUGGCGACGUGUGAGAACUUGGCGACGUGUGAGAACUUGGCGACGUGUGAAGCUUAGCUGAGAUAUUCAUAAUAGGAACUGUAUAUGUGAGGUACAAUGAUAGUAACAUAUAAGGUGCAUUUUAUAUUUUUGGUAUAUUAUACAAUAUAAUCAUAUAUUACAAUA